CGAUGAUGUUGUGAUCUCCUAGCGAGUUGUCAAGGAAGGCUGGCGGAGGACCGGGCGAGAGGGGCUUCAGAGCCAAAGAAACUAUUGGUUCAGUGAUUAUUGGACUGGAGCAUUAUAUAUAUAUAUAUAUAUAUAUAUAUUUUUCCUUCUUCUUCUUUCUGUCUCUCCCUCUGAUUUGUCCCAACGACCAAGUGUACCACUCUCUGACACAAAACCUCUUCAGAGGUGAUGGCUGAAAAGCCCGAUCCCGGGACCCUGAGAGACAGAUCAGAAUGGCUGUUCUCCUUUGGAGUCAUAGCGGAUAUUCAGUAUGCUGACUUAGAGGAUGGGUACAAUUUCCAAGGAAGCAGGCGGAGGUACUACAGACAAAGUCUUCUUCACCUCACGGGUGCUAUUGAAGAGUGGAAUAAAGAAAGCAGCAUGCCCUGCUGUGUGCUCCAACUCGGGGACAUCAUCGAUGGGUAUAAUGCGCGGUAUAAGACAUCAGAAAAGUCUCUGGAUCUUGUCAUGAACACAUUUCAGAUGCUUAAAGUCCCAGUUCAUCAUACGUGGGGAAACCAUGAAUUUUAUAACUUCAGUAGAGACUAUUUAACAAACUCUAAGCUUAACACAAAGUUUCUAGAAGACCGGAUUGUACAUCACCCCGAGACUGUGCCUUCGGAGAGUUACUAUGCUUAUCAUUUUGUACCAUUCCCUAAAUUCCGGUUCAUUUUACUUGAUGCUUAUGACUUGAGUGUCUUGGGUAUAGAACAGUCUUCUCCAAAAUACCAGCAGUGUAUGAAGAUACUGAGGGAGCACAAUCCAAAUACAGAAUUGAAUAGUCCUCAAGGACUGUGUGAGCCCCAGUUUGUCCAGUUCAAUGGAGGAUUCAGCCAAGAGCAGCUGAACUGGUUGAAUGAUGUUCUUACAUUCUCUGACACAAACCAAGAAAAAGUGGUGAUUGUGAGCCAUAUCCCCAUUUACCCAGAGGCCUCUGACACUGUGUGCCUGGCCUGGAACUAUAGAGAUGCCCUGGAAGUCAUUUGGUCGCACAAAUGUGUCGUGUGUUUCAUUGCUGGUCACACACAUGACGGUGGCUACUCUGAAGAUCCUUUUGGUGUGCACCACGUGGACCUAGAAGGAGUUAUUGAAACAGCUCCGGACAGCCAAGCUUUUGGCACAAUUCAUGUCUACUCUGACAAAAUGCUGUUGAAAGGGAGAGGCAGAGUUCCGGACAGAAUUAUGAAUUAUAAGAAGGAACUCCUUGUAGUCUGAUUUACCUUGUUUUCCUUUAUAGAAAGAGAAUGACUUUGCUUUGUGCUUGUCCCAACCACAGAAGAAUGAAAACAAAAAAUAAAUAUUCUGAACUUCA